UAGAGAUGUCCUUCUUUGGCCCAUCUUCUUCGGCUUGCCACAUGAAAUGCUCGAGGGAAGAUGUUCUACAGAAGCAUCCGGUUUCAGUCCGACGCCACAAAGGAUUUGCGAGAAUGUUAUAUUAAUAGAAUCAUACACCAUGUAGCCAGGGAUGACUUCUUCAGGUCCCACUGACUCAAGAAGCAGAGAACACUGAGAUUUGUUUGAUUCAGUCAUUCUCCCCUUGGGAGGGAAACCAAGAUGAAGGCAUCUGGCUCUUGUGAAGGAUUCCAAAGCCAGUCAUGGGCAAAACCAGUUCCAGUUCUCUCUAGUUCUUCACACAGGCUUAAACAGCGUUGGUGUGGAAACCAUGUGCAAGUAUGAGCAUGCGGUCCUAGAGAAAGCCAAUGCGAUUAAGGCUGGAUCUGGACUUUGAGGUACGGCUCCUGUGGGUGCUGAGGAUUAGCAGUAACAGCUGCUAUCCUGCCCAUUAGAAGAGAAACAGAAGAGACAACAAAAGACUUGUUUAAAGGAUGUGUCUCUGCAACUCUGAGGGGGGAAGCCAGUCCAUCAAGCCUGAAGCAUCUGGAUUGAAGCUGUUGAAAAGGGCAGGAUGUGGGUCUCGGCCGCCCUCGGAGGCUGGUCUUGUGUGGCCCUCUGCCUGGCUUCCUGCUCAGCUGCCUUUUCCCAUGGUGCUGGCUCAGGGGCCUGUGAGGAUAUGCAGCCCAAGCACAUUCAAGCCCAGCCUCAGGACCCACAGACCGACCACAUCACCAUUCACACCGGCAGGUCUUCCUACUCACCGGGUGACACAGUUCCAGUGACCAUGAGGAGCAUUCGAUAUUUCAUGAGAUUUCUACUUCAGCCUCGAAGAGUGUCUGAUCAUCAAAUAGCUGGCACUUUUGUUUUCAUUCCUCCUCAUUCCAAAGCAAUGGCUUGUUUUCAAGAGGCUGACACAGUCACGCACUCUGACAAGUCCCGGAAGAGAAACCUGUCCUUUGAGUGGAAGGCCCCUGCUCAACCUGGGGGGAACCUCACAUUCCUUUUGUCAGUUGUCCAGUCAUAUUUCAUUUACUGGGAGAGGAUCGAAUCAUCUGUUGUGUCUCAACAGACACACCGCAGAGCCCAUGUUGAUGGCGGCGAGCAGCCCGGCUCACCGAUGCCAACCUCUGGCUGGAGGCAGGAGGGAACCACCCCAGCUCCCAGUCCCCCCAGCGCUCUUCCCCAGCAGCGUGCGAACAUCUUUGCUGUUGCCCCAACUGGAGCUGCAGAGGAGAACAGCUUAGAUCCUUUUCCUGCAAGUUUUUGGGUGACAGAGUUUUCUGCGGAUGCAGAGACUCUGUUCCAAUCAUCUUCACACAUGGCUACUGCGGUCAGCAAUGGCCAGCAACUCAGAGGGGACAGCAACCCAAUCCUAGAACCAUCCCUGGAUAUCCGUGGGCUGGAGAGAUUCAUGGCUCUCAGGAGAUUCUUCCCAGAGGGCAUUGCUUCCAGCCCUAGAACCCACCUCAGGACUCAGGAUGAUCCAAACUUUGAUUCAUUGGAAACUUGCCUAUCCUCAGAUAGGCAUGAACAGGACAAAAUGGAGUCCUCUAAUAGGACCAUGAUGAGGCCUCCUCUGUCCACUGCCUAUCUUACCUAUCCUCGGCACCUCUGGUCGUCUGAAGCACUCACUGGGAAUGGGGCUGGGGCAGCCACCCCAACCCCUGUCUUCCACACCUCUGCCACUUCCAGGUCACCUGCUGCUGGCGGGCAGUCAGAAGCAUCGAGGCCUUCUGCCAGCUUCUCACCUCAGUCAAAGCGCAAGGAGGGCUGAGAGGAACAUGGAGGGGGCGGAGUGGGAUACCCCAGGAAGACCAACCCAAGGCCUGAGGUUGGGCAACAGGGAGCCAGUGCCCCUUCAGGGAUCCAGCUCAGGGCUCCCCAGCUGGGAAUCCUGCUUUGUCUUUCCGCCACCUUGGGCAUGGCCCUGGCUGCCUGCCUCCACUGUCUACACACCCAGUAUUGCCACAAGCGGACAGAAGUGUCCUUCAGUGAGCCUGCUGGGGAGGCUGUUGCCAGGAGCGAUGGUGGUGAGACAGUCCGUGUCAGGAAGAUUGGGGAGAACAGUUUUGUUUUGGUUGAAGCAGAAUACAACUGGACCCCUUCCUCUGUGGGUAACGAGAAAACAGUCCUCUGAGCAGACCGUCGUCCUAGGCCUCCGAGUAGCCCUCCGCAGACCCUGCAGUUUCUCAGCCAGAACAGAGCUAAUGAGAAUAGCUGAUGAGGACAGGGACUCGCGGUGGCCCCCAUCAGUGAGCAGUUAGUUGAGGCAGCUGCGAAAGGACAGUUUUAUCAACAGAGGGAGUUCUUCCCAACCUUUGUUGUCUUAACAUCUGUAAUUUAGCUGCUUUUUUUUUCUAUUCACAAUUAGGCGUUCUGUUUGAAGAGUUAAACUCAACACAAUGAAUAUUGUAUAACCUGCUCAUUAACUAGACUCCUGUGGCCACCGAGCUUCCUCUGUUGCCUUAAGGAACCUGCAGAAAUAGAAAUUCUGUCCCUCCUCAGUAUGUCAGCCUUAUCCUUUGAAAAAAAGUAAUGUUGGGGCUGUGUCUCUUAUAAGAAACAGAACUGCAGCCCUCACUUUACCUCUCCAAACCACCCCAGAAGAAGUUUCAUUUUCAAAACUAGCCUUCCAAACUGGCUCUGCUUCAGUUGAUUAGGUGAGUGCAAGGGUAUUCAGUCUUCUUGGAAACUCAGAAGCCUGGCAAAUCUGCCUCAGAAAUUGAUCUGAAGUGAGGAGAGUUUUAGAGAGCUUGAUUGAACACAUCUGUGGGGAACCGUGUGCGUGGCACAUAAACACCAGAGUGGGGUAAGCAAGCCUCUUCAUCAGGUGCAAAUGGAUCUGAGACCUCCCAUCCAUUUACACUUGAUGGGAAGCUUAUGUAACCUAACAGCCAGCAAACAUAUUGCCUUUUGCCAAAGGUCAGGCUGGAAAAAAUGAUGAUACCACACAGUUUGAAGAAGAGCCUCUACUCAUCUUUUUAGGGAGAAAAGGAAGACAGCAUCAUGGACAAAGACCAUCUUUCUGCUCUUGUGAUUUAUGAAGAUCACUUUGAUUUAGCCAAGUGUCCCAUAGACGUUAUGUAGGGCCAAGGCAACAGGUUUGAAUAUAGCUUUUGAAUAUGCUGACCUAAUAUGACACAUAGAAAUUAGCUGCCUUUUCAGAGGUAAACCUGUUACAGAGUCACAAAACAUUUUAAUGUGGAAAUGAAAAACCACUAUAAAUUUGGAAAGGGUGUUUAUUUAUCAAGCACCUAAAUCAUACAGGUACUGUGCUAAGAACUUUGCAUACAUUUUCACAUUUAACUCUCACAAUAACUUAAUGAAGAAUAAGUUCAGUAACUUGCCCAAGAGAGGGGGGCAUUCAUGACAUCUCAAUUCAACAACAAAAGCAUUUUUUAAAAAACUGGGCAUAUGGGAAAGAGAUCCCACUGUUUUUUCCAGCCUCUUUUAGCUCAUAGGGCACUAAUUCCAAGAUUGUUUCCUCCUGGAUUCUGGGCUAGGCAGAUCUGUCCCCUGGCUUCAGUCAAGAGCCUCAUUAGGAACAUGGAGACCUAGCUAAUUGUGUUCACACAUGAAAGUGUUCUUGGAAUACUGUGGAAAUAAAUGAAUGUACUCUACUCCUCCGGUGGCCAGAGAUAUCCCUUCUACAUAUCCCCCCUGCCCCAAGGAUAUCCUCCCCGAGAUGUAGAUGAGGAACCCCGCCAGUGGAGAGCUCUCCUCUGGCCAUCAUCCUCUGGCCAGCAAUAAGAAAUUGUUUCACAAUUGUCUGUGAAAUAAACUAUGCCCAACUCAGUUUGUCAUCUUUCACAGUUUGGGGCUGCCUGGGCUCAGCUGGGCAGUUCUUCUGCUCUAUGUGCUGUCCAAUGGGCUGGAACAUCCAAGCUGACUUGCUCACGUGGCUGGCAGUUGGUGCUGGCUGCUGGCUGGGGCUCACCCAGGGCUGUCGAUGAGUGUGGGCAGCAAUUUGUUCCUUCUCUUCAUGGCUUCUUAUAGCACCAUUCCCAGAGGGGUUUUCCAAGCAGACAAAACCAGAAGCUGGGGGUGCUCUUCAGGCCUAGCCUUGUAAGUAACAUGGUUUCACUUCUGCCACUUUUCAGUGGUUACAGGAAGUCAUGGGCCAGCCCUCUGUCUUCAAAGGGAAGGGCAAUGAAUUUUGCUUUUGGAUGGGAGAAGUGGCAAAGGAUUUGAAGCUAUCUUUAAUUCACCACCUCACCUCUCUGGUUAGACUGCCGGCCUGCCGAGGGGCUUCUGUGAGCGUAGAAGGAGGGGGUGUUCAUCUCCAGGAGGAGCCCUGAGUCACCUUCCCUACAAGGCAUCAAAGGAGGUGAGGGAAAUCUCAGGGUCAGGUGCUCCCUCUUCUCCGGCUCCCCGGGCAAAAUAGCGAAGUGUGGCAGAAGAGUCAGCCAGACCUCUGAGUCUCCGCUUCCUCAUCAGAGAAAAACAGAAUUCUUUACCUCUUUCGGUUGUCAGGCAGAGUAAAUGCACGUUCAACCUUUAGCCAGCUAUGACAAACUACUUAAUGUCACUUUGCAGCUGCAACACUAUCUUUAAAUCUAGUCCAUUUAGACUCUGUGACCACCGAAAACGUUAUUUCCUUUUCAGGACACCUUCUCCCCCGUGGCCCCGCUUCCCCACCCAGCGAAUGGAGGUGGUCCCGGCGCAAGUUGUCAUCGUGGCCACUGGCUACAAUUCCUGCUGGGGGUCAGACGUUUUGCUGAGACUUUCCGAGGAAACUCUUCUUUGGCAGGGGCAGUGGAGUCCAUAGACCUGCAGUCAUGAGACAUAAAACCCCUCUGUUACUGUGAACUUGAAGGUCCUCUAAGCCUGGCUUCAGAGAAGCCCCAGAGGGGAGCCAGUAUGAAGUGUUAACCUGAAGGCAUUUACUAAAGCACAAAGCCAUUACAAGUUAAAAAAAAAAAAAAAAAAAAAAAAGGCAAAGGACUCAAACGCAACAUCUUAACAUAGCUUUUUUGUUUUGUAGGAACAGCUAUGGGUUUUUUGGCCAGCCACUUCUUUGAAAGGGGGUUUGGGCUAAAUACACAUUUAAGGGAAAAGAACAGAACAAUUGCUGAGAAGUCUUUAUAUUUUCAAAACUCUUUAUAUUUCAAACAAAUCAAUUGUGUUAAUAACCACAGAUCGAGAGUAGGGAUGAGCCUCAACCUUUAUACAUUGAGAGGCUCUUUCUGAUUUUUCUACUUGAUUUCUCCCCUUGGGUACAACACUUUUGCUAACUCACAACUUAAUGCUCGACUAUAGCCUGGCUGAGCUAUCCCACUGUUGAGGCUGUCUGGUUUUAAUUUGUUGUGACAAUGUUUGUUUCCUUAAAAAAAAAACUCUAACAACAAUGACAAAAAAAAAUGGGUCAACAAACCAGUAAAUAUUUAAACAAGUGUCAUGUUUUAUUUGAAAAGUUGUCUGGAGAUGGCUGGCAAUUUAUGAAUAAAUUACAGAUAUACCCUCUCCCAUUCUUGGACUUCGGGCAUUUAUCAGUGAUCCCAGCUCUUCUGGAAGACAGUCUCUGUGAUUUGAUUUCAUUCCACCCCAACCUAUCCCCUUCUUCUAAAAGUGGUGUGUGGCAAGGAACUUCUUUUACUCAAAAUGAAAUGAAUUUGCAUUCCUUGUUUUAUCAAACUUGAGAGCAUCUUCAGAAGAACUUUGCUCCAUCUGCAGGUGGAGGGCCUUAGGGGGUUGCAAAACCAGGAACAGUCGCCUCUGGUUUAGAAUAUCAGGAGGGCCUUUAUGAUAAAAGGAUGUCUGAAGUUUCGUUCGUGAUUCUGUUCUUUACAUGCAGAAAGGAAAUGUGAACAUUUUGAGACCCCGUUCCUUGACAGUUGGGUUGGAGCUGCCAGGACCACUGAGGUCUGGAGUCGGAUGUUUGCUUUGUGCCUUUUUGCUUUGAAAACAUAAAUCCGUUUAGGCCGCAGGGUCUCUUGAGUUGUCGAGUGGCUUUCCAUCGCUCUCAGAGUGAAGUGUGAACAUCUGAUUGACUGACAGGGAGACCCGCCCCCGCCCCGCCCCCGCCCCGCCCCCGCCCCGCCCACCUUCUGCCUGGCUCCCCGCCUCCGCGGCGCCGUCCUGCGCGCUCCCUGAACGCGGUACCGCUAGGUUCCCAGCUCCCUUGCUCUGGCUGUUCUUGUUGUGGAACCCCGUCCCCCCAGACAUCCACAAGCCUUCGGAGCUUUGUUCCAGUGUUGCCUUAUCAGAGAGGCUCUCCCGGCCAUUGCAAUCUCUUCUCACUCUCUAUGCCCCUCCCGGCUUUAGAAUAUUUAUGGUACUUAUCACCUCCUGCGUCUUAGGUAUUUAUUUGUGUGUUUAUUUUCUGCCUCCACCAGACUAGGAUGUUUUAUAAGGGCAGAGACUUUGUUUUUCUCAUUGCUAUUCCCCCGGCACCUGGAGUUGUUCUUCAUACAAAGUAAGUAAUCAAUAAAUGUUUGCUAAAUGAGUGAAUGAAAAGUUAAAGAUUCGUGUUACUCUCCCCAGGCCUUGGUCUGGGCUGAAGUUGAAUAUGGAGCACCUUGGGCAGGCCUAGGGCGCAUGGGCAUCAGGAGAUGCAGGUUGCUGUCUAGAGGUGAGUGAGAACUCUGUGGGCCACGGUCUCCAGGGCAGGGAAUGUCCUGUGUCUCAGAUCCAAGACUCAGGAAGUUCUUGGCAGGGAGAAGCUGAGAAUGGACUUAACCCUCCCAAUCUGAGCUGGGGCAGGAGGAAA